CGAAAUUUGUAAAUCAUUUUACUUUUGUACUUUAAAAUAAUGAAAUCUAUAUAUUCCAUUAUAUACCAAUUUAUAUUCCUAAAAAUGAUCUUAAGUCAUGUAAAUAUUUGAUUUUGUUUCUUAAAUUUCUUUUGGGCAAGUGUUAUGAACAUGUACUUGAAUUUGUAAAAAUUAUGUGCACUAUUGGUAUUUAUGUCACUCUAUCUCUCUAAGAGCAUGAAUAAUUUGCCUUGGAACCCUAAUUUCGAUGUUCUCAUCCACUCUCCGCCUUCGAUUCUUCGAACGACUGGUGAUAUUUGUGCCUCUGAAAUCGAAACUUCUCAAGAAUUGAGUGAGGGAGGAGAAGAGAAAUGGGUCAUUCGAACAUCUGGAAUGCUCACCCUAAGAACUACGGGCCUGGCUCGCGCGCUUGCCGAGUCUGCGGCAACCCUCAUGCAAUCAUCAGAAAGUAUGGAAUUAUGUGCUGCAGACAGUGUUUCCGCCACAAUGCCAAGGAAAUUGGAUUCAUCAAGUACCGCUAGAGUAUUUUGGCACGCGCUCUGGGGUAAUUGAGAACAAGAUUUGAACUUUUCGAAUGCAUUUUCUCCGAUAAAAUGAGAGUUGUUAUGGUUUUCUAUUUCUUCAAACUGUAUCUGGAUUGAUGUGUUUUUGGUGUUUAAGGUUUCCGAACUUUGUUAAAUUAUUGCAUGCAAUUUUUCGCCCCUUCCCUUAACUAAUUUGAAAUUGUGGCCCUUGAUGAUUUUGCAUGCAUAUAGACUUCCUUUCCAAGUUUUGUAAGUGGGAAUUAUGCUCUUAUUUUCAAAGUUUUUAGACUUCCUUUCCAAACAGUUCGACGUUAAGCCAAUAAUAGUUUGUGACUUUU